GCGUGUAAAGAUGUCAGAAUAUCUCUAGUAUUGGGCGAGUCUCAGACCACCAASAAAGUCUUUCGAGGCAAAAGUAACAGUUUUGCAGCUAAGUAACUGGGUUCAAGGGGUUCCAAGGAAAUACAUUAUACUUGAAAUCGGAUCCUUUCUCUACGGAGCAAAGUCCAAUAGCACUGRAUCCCUCCCUUUUCAUUGAGAAGUUCGGCAGCUAUGAACGUAGUGAAGAUAGCAGCCUCCCGUUGACUUUCUGUUGGAGAGUACUGUACCCAGGACAUUCUGAACAUGGUUAUUGUAGGGACAUGAUUGGACUUUGAAGUAGCAUGACGUGGCCAUGUUCAUAGAGUAGUGCAGCGGUGCGCCUGACGGAAAAUGUCACCCUUACCGUUAGAUGAGAAGACAUUCAAAAUGACACAGAGGCAACGCAGCAAACGGGUGAAUUACCAUGUCGACAUCCCAUUGAGUUUCGACUUCUUUAAAAAAAGCGUGAAUAGAAGGAAUGCAGUGAUCCAUGUCAAGUCAAAAUCAAUCCCCAGUGGAAGGCUGGGGUUGUUCGACUGCCGCUGGUUCACUCUGUGUAACAUGGAAAUAUAACGGCCAAGUCAUCAUAGGAAGUAGGAAGCCAUUUCACAUGCAAAUGAAGGUCCUCGGAUUCCUUUUGAUUUGCCACUCAGCGUUAGCCGUCGCGUCUGUGGGAACAGGACACGAGGGUUGUUCUGGUGUAAUUGCCUUUCAGCUCAAAUUGCCCUGUUUUCCUUGCUUUGUGGAGCACCUGUGCAGAGUUCCAAGCAUUUGAUGUGUGUGUUGCCCACAUUUCAAGAGGACAUCCUUAGAACACCCGAUUGACAAGUAAUUGCUCCUUGAAAACAUUUUGUAGCCGGAUUAUACUGGAAAAAAAUGUAUUGCUAAUAAUGAAAAGGUUAUAUGAUUGAAGUAAAACCGCAAGCAUUUGAAUGACUAAGCAGUUAUUAACGUCUAUGGACUAAGCAACCAAAUAUCAUAUAAAAGGCUUUGUUACACUAAUUAUCCUCUAGAGAUAAAUGGAUGGCUUUUUUAAAACAAUUAUUAGUCGAUUUGUGUCUCAAAAAUAAAUAUAUAUAAAAACAUUUCAGCUGUUCCAGCACAACAUGACAUUGUGGUUCGAGAGCGUCGCUCUCAGCUGGACAUCACACUACCCUCAGUGCUGUUAGGAAAAACCAUCUGCUCGCUAUAGCCAUCUCUCUCAAGAAAAGCKUGAAGUAGGUCACUAAAAUGUGGCUUAUUAUUGAAGUGUAGAACCCAUAUGAGAGCGUCCGAUUCUCUGGUGCUCUGUUCAUCUCAGCUGAACCCACUUUGGCUGACAUGAGACACGGUCACAGAGCAGUAUCCAACCCGAUCACUCACGAUACUAUACCAUGGUGCACACUGCUUUCUCAAGACAUACGGCUUCAAGUUCAGAUGAUUGAACGAGCCAUUUAGCUAUCCACUUGGUUUGUUUUUAUGUUGGUUUUUUAACCUUAUUUAUGAGGUCUAUAUUGGGCUGACCUGUCCUAGGUAUGAUUCACUGAGUCAAUUGAUGAACAGGCAAACACUGACUGCGCAACAGAAGCCAUUAUUAACAAGACAUUGUUCAAYGAUGUCAGGCGGCAGUUUAAGCGCCCUCGCAUCAAAGAUCAGAAGGUCAAACAUGAGGCUGCUGACUCACGUUACUGGCAAAUAUAGAGUUCUGGUUGUAGGUUUGACAAACAUGGAAAUUACAGAACCAAAUAAAAAAAAUGCUAAUAUUUAACUGUGAAUCACAUACAUACAGAUCAGAUAGUGCUUUCCACACAGCACAUUCUAGGAAAUAUAAGGCAAAUCACUUACACACAUUAAACUCAGAUCCCAAUCAAACCCAAGGAAACGAGGUGAGCACCAGGUUAAACCUUUAAAGCAAACCAAGGAUUAUAAAGUACAAGCACAAUGGCCCUUUCUGUAAAUUGGAUAUUGGGCAUUAUGCAUAUAUCAUCAGCCCAAGUGCUCAAACUGGACUACAGCUUGUUGCAUUCACCUCACCUAUAUUUUGUUUACUUAAUGAUGUACCUGUAUACUACAAGUACCCAAAAAUAUAUUUCAUGCAUCUCUCUGCAUGAUGUGAAAAACACGUCAUAUUUGUUAAACGUUGCAUAAUAAUAGUAUGAGCUUGAUGAUUUGAUGGCGUCCAGAGGGGAGGGAACAUGAGGUUGUAUGGGGUACUGCAUUAUAAAAUGAACGUUGUAUUCAGUGCAGGAUCAGACCGACAGGGAAUAGACUCAGUCCACAAUCCAUCAGAGAAGACAGCAGACCUUCUCUGAGCUCACUCAACAGCCAACUAUCAUUAUUUCGUGCAGAUAUAUACUUCUGAAGUAAAAAAAAAAAAAAAAGUCUUAUUUGAAUAUAGUUUUGCCUAGUAUCAUUACAUUCAAUGGAUAUCUUGAAAUUCCAGCUGGUAAUAGUUACCCUGUUUGCACUGGUGUAUACAUGUCAAGGAUUGUCGUUUAGUGUUGACAAGGAACACUGGGUAUCCAAAGACUGGCAGGAUGAGCCACUGGAAGAGAGGUUGUCCAGCCAAGUGGCUAGUCUGAUAAAGAGAUCCAAAGCCCGUCAGUUCUACGGGCUCAUGGGCAAACGCUCAGACGAUCAGCCGCAGCCUAUUAAAGUGGAUAGAAAACGAAACAAAGGGGAUAUGUUUGUUGGACUUAUGGGAAGAAGAGCACUAAGUGGGGAAUCGUUCACGAGAAUCAUUCCAGAUGCUCCAAGCACUGCGGUCGAUGUCGCUGAGGGAUCAGACACACAACCAGAUUCACAAGAGGAAUGGGACCAACUCCAAUAUUACUAAAGCUAGAAAAAAAAAGUUGUUUUCAUGACCUAUACAAUUUUGAUAUCGACUCAAAAAGGACUACCAUACAAAACGAAACUGUAURUCAUACUUGUAAGAAACAAAAUGCUAUAUCUAAGGUAUCAAAGUUCAUGCUGAUGAUUAUUGUAUAUUCUAUCCCAAAAAAUGUACUCGUCUCCGCAAACAACCGCAACUGUGUUGAAUGAAAUAAAAUAGCCAGGAACGCUGCA